AUGUCCUCGAGCGAGGUGAAGCCCAAACGUGGCCAUUUCAGUCGCACCCCGUCGCCUCGGUCUCACGGGCAUGACCCCAAGCGGCCAAAGUUCAAUGGCCACCCGGUUAUCGACCUAACUGGAGACUCGGAAGACGAUGACGUUCAUUUUGCUUUGCGCCAGCGCCUCCUCACCCGCUCUUUGCAGUCUCCGCUGCCUGCACCUGGAGCCCAAGGGGACAAAAAUGUCAACGACUCGACCCCUGCGGCCGGCCCCAACGCUGGGCACCUUCAUGAGCUUGCCGCCGUUGGGAAUGAAGGCGGGGAACUUCUCGCAAUACGCCCGAUUAUGCCGGUCAUGAGGAGCCCUUCGCCACAACCAGCUCCGGUUGCCCAGCCUGUCCGAAACCUCUCUCCCGAGCUCAAGGCAAUCGAGAUUGUUGAUCUCACCGGCGAAGAUUAUGAUGAGCGCCAAAGGUCCCCGCGCUCCCCAACCCCUUCAAACGACUAUCGGAUUGCGCUGUGGACACAGGAAACGCGCGAGUUUGCCGGAACGUUGGUACUGGAAGUUCCCAAUCGUGCCAGGUUCUCGGCAAGCAAUGCUUGCGAAUCUCCUCUUUGGGUUGAUAACGUCCCGCAGAUCAUUAUCUUUUGCGAUGGAUCGAGUAAUCGGACUCCACAAAUGCGGUGGGAAGGUACUAAUGGAGGUUAUGGGGUUGUCCUUCGAAACCCAUGGGCUGUCAACAACGGAAAUGGUGGGCAGGACCCAGUGUUUGACGUCCGCUCGUGGUCCUGUCAAAAGAUGUACUCUAGCGGUCAAGCCGAGUUGGCCGCCAUUGCCCAGUCCAUUGACAGCGCGAGCCGCUUGCAGGAGAAGCACCGAGCUCCCAAGGUCCAGGUGCGAAUCUUUACGGACUCGCAGGAGUGUUGGCAUCGGCUUCGCAAGGGCCUGAACCAGAGCCCUGAGAGAUUCUCUUUCAGGCACACCGAGCCUGUUCUUCGAGCUGUCGUUUGGUUGUCACAUCGUCUAAGAAUCAUGGGUGGUGAGCUGGAGGUGCGCUGGAAUCCUCGGAGAUGCGCAAUCGGUCCUCAGUUGGCCGAUGAUGCGGCGGGUGUACAUUCUCGCAAUGUUGAUCCCGACGUCUUCAACCAACGGAACGUGCGGUUGUUUGAGAGAGAUGGGAUCUUGGGAAUGGUUCAUGAGCAAGUGGGUGCCAUCGUUCGAGAUCGCCGGACUCCUCCGCCCUUUUCUCUGCCGGACUGGUUUGGUGAGAACUGA